AUCAGCGAAGACAAAGGAAGGACGACGAGACGAUGCGGCGGUUGUCGAAGCGGGAGCGCUUGCAGGAGCAGGUCAAGUCCCUGGACGUAUUCAGCAAGGUUGAGCCAGACACUGGCAUCACACAGUCGUCCACGUCGGGUGCAUUAGUGACUCUUGUGACUGCAGCCAUCGUGUGCGUCCUGGUGUGGAGUGAGAUUUCAGAGUACAACACCCUCAAGAUCAAAUAUGACUACUUUGUGGAUACUGACCUGCGCAGGGACAUGAACAUGACGGUUGACAUGACUGUUGCCAUGCAAUGCGACCAUAUUGGCGCGGACUACAUCAAUCUUUCGGGGGAGUCGACGGACGGGAGCAAGUACCUCAAGCUGGAGCCGGCACACUUUGAACUGUCGCCCAACCAGCUGGAAUGGCUCGAGGCGUGGGCGAAGGUCAAGUCUGAGGAAGGAUCGCGCGGGCUCGACUCCCUCAGCCGCUUCCUCCACGGAUCCAUGCGCGAACCAAUGCCCACCGCUGCGCCCGAGAUUGAUUCGGAGCCCGACGCGUGCCGUCUCCACGGCGUGCUGCCCGUUGCAAAGGUUGCUGCCAACUUCCACAUUACGGCGGGCAAGAGUGUGCACCACAGCCGCGGGCACAGCCACGUCAACAGCAUGGUCCCGCCAGAUGCUGUGAAUUUUUCGCACCGGAUUGAUCGGUUUUCGUUCAGCGAAGAGCCGCGUGGCGCCAUGGCCCUUGACGGUGACCUCAGAACAACAGAUCAACCGCGGCAGGUGUUCCAGUACUUCCUUGAAGUGGUUCCGUCGACGACGCAGCGGCUCGGACAGCGCCAGCCGUUCCGCAGCAACCAGUACUCUGUCACGGAGCAGCACCGCGUGCUGAAGGAGGGUGCGCGCGGCAUCCCGGGCAUCUACUUCAAGUUCGACAUCGAGUCCAUCGGCGUCAGCGUCAGCGAGGAGCACCCACCCCUGUCCCGGCUGCUGAUUCGCCUGUGCGGAAUUGUCGGCGGUAUUGUCGCCGCUUCAGGCAUGCUGCAUUCGUUUAUUGGCUGGAUUAUCAGGACUGUAUCGGGCAACAAGACGCCGGCUGUUGCUCCUGCCGCUGCCUCCUAGACUCUCUUUCUCCUCCUGCCCAUGUCACCCUUUCAUUGGCUGUUAUGACGGUUGCCAGUUGUGUGCGUGGUGGGUGGUGCCGCCUUUUCUUCCUUCGGUGAGCCACACCCACAGAAACACAAAUAAAAGCCACAACCCAGA